GAAUGCAUUCCCUGUAAAAAAAAAAAAAUACUGAGAGAGGGAGAGGGAAAGAGAGAGAGAGAGAGAGAGAGAGAGAGAGAGAGAGAGAGAGAGAGAGAGAGAGAGAGAGAGAGAGCAAGAUAUAGAGAGCUACGCAAUCUGACUGGGCAGGUCACACGCCUCCUCCUCUCCACUCCUUGUUACUCAGGAGUCCUCGGACCUCCCAGGCCGACAGCCCUCCCUCUAUCCGCGAGGGUUCCGGGCCGGAGAGAGGGCGCGAGCAUAGCCGAGGACAUGGAGGUGACUGCGGACCAGCCGCGCUGGGUGAGCCACCACCACCCCGCGGUCCUCAACGGGCAGCACCCGGACACUCACCACCCAGGCCUCGGUCAUUCGUACAUGGAGGCUCAGUACCCACUGACGGAAGAGGUGGACGUACUUUUUAACAUCGAUGGUCAAGGCAACCACGUCCCGUCCUACUACGGAAACUCCGUCAGGGCUACCGUGCAGAGGUAUCCUCCGACCCACCACGGGAGCCAGGUAUGCCGCCCACCUCUGCUGCAUGGAUCCCUGCCCUGGCUGGAUGGCGGCAAAGCCCUGAGCAGCCACCACACCGCCUCGCCCUGGAAUCUCAGUCCCUUCUCCAAGACGUCCAUCCACCACGGCUCCCCAGGGCCACUGUCCGUCUACCCUCCGGCCUCAUCUUCUUCUCUGGCCGCAGGCCACUCCAGUCCGCAUCUCUUCACCUUCCCGCCCACCCCUCCGAAGGAUGUCUCCCCAGACCCGUCGCUGUCCACCCCAGGAUCGGCCGGCUCCGCCAGGCAAGAUGAGAAAGAGUGCCUCAAGUAUCAGGUGCCGCUGCCCGAGAGCAUGAAGCUGGAGACGUCCCAUUCCCGAGGCAGCAUGACCACCUUGGGAGGGGCCUCGUCCUCAGCCCAUCACCCUAUCACCACCUAUCCGCCCUACGUGCCCGAGUACAGCUCCGGACUCUUCCCACCUAGCAGCCUGCUGGGAGGAUCCCCUACCGGGUUCGGGUGUAAGUCGAGGCCCAAGGCACGAUCCAGCACAGAAGGCAGGGAGUGUGUGAACUGUGGGGCAACCUCCACCCCACUGUGGCGGCGAGAUGGUACUGGGCACUACCUUUGCAACGCCUGUGGACUGUACCAUAAAAUGAAUGGACAGAACCGGCCCCUUAUCAAGCCCAAGCGAAGGCUGUCAGCAGCAAGGAGAGCAGGGACAUCCUGUGCGAACUGUCAGACCACCACCACCACCCUCUGGAGAAGGAACGCUAACGGGGACCCGGUCUGCAAUGCCUGUGGACUCUACUACAAGCUGCACAAUAUUAACAGACCCCUGACUAUGAAGAAGGAAGGCAUCCAGACCCGAAACCGGAAGAUGUCUAGCAAAUCCAAAAAGUGCAAAAAGGUGCAUGACGCUCUGGAGGACUUCCCCAAGAGCAGCUCCUUCAACCCGGCUGCCCUCUCCAGACACAUGUCAUCCUUGAGUCACAUCUCCCCGUUCAGCCACUCCAGCCACAUGCUGACCACACCGACGCCCAUGCACCCGCCCUCUGGCCUCUCCUUUGGACCUCACCAUCCUUCCAGCAUGGUCACCGCCAUGGGGUAGAGAGGGAGAGCCCUGCUCCGUAUGCACGAGGAGUUUCCAAGUCUACAAAGAAUCCCUCUGACCCCUUCUACUUGCGUUUUUGCAGGAGCAGUAUCAUGAAGCCCGAAAGCGACAGAUCUGUGUUUUUGAAGGCAGAAAGCAAAAUGUUUGCUUCUUUUUUCAAAGGAGCUCCCGGUGGUGUCUGUGUUCCAACCACUGAAUCCGGAUCCCAUUUGUGAAUAAGCCAUUCAGACUCAUAUUCCCUAUUUAACAGGGUCUCUAGUGCUGUGAAAAAAAAUAUUGCUGAACAUUGCAUAUAACUUAUAUUGUAAGAAAUACUGUACAUUUGAGGAAGACUUUAUUGUACCUGGAUAGCUGUAAGAAAGGCAUGAAGGAUGCCAAGAAUUUUAAGGAAUAUAGGGAGGAUAAAGUAUGGAGGGAGAGACAGAAGAAACUAAGUCUUGAUGUCCAAAUGGGCACGCUGUCAGUUUUGUUUCCCUUUAGUUGUUUGAUGCAUUAAAAAAAAUAAUAAUAAAAAAUAAAAAA